GAAGGCAAGAGGAAGAACAAGAAACAAGUCGCGCCGGUCGAGUAGUUCGGUCGGGUCCUUCAACUUGAGUGCACGCUGUAGCCGUCUUGUUACCUUUGUGUUUGUUUAUAAUUGGUGUUUACAGUGGGUUCUACAACAAAUCAAAGCUGUGACUUUCUUCGUUCGUGAAAUAUUUUAACUGUGAAAUUUGUGUUACUGUUUUAAGUUUGUGAUAUUUGAGUGUCAAUCCUUCUGAUUUGGUUUUAUUAUAUGACAACAUGAUCAAGGUGGAAGUAGCCAGUGUGUACCGGUAUGCAGCCGCGCCCAUCCCCCGGUCCUGACACGAGUACCGCUUAUCAGAGCCACGAUAGCGGCCAGGUGUGUGAUAAGCCUGCUAUCAGUCCUGUAGAGGGAGGCACGUUGUCUGUACAGCCAGCACGGGCCGCGACUGACAGCCGAACGACCGGAACAGAAAACGAUUUACACGACCAUCCCAGAGGAGCUAUCACGAGUUUUCGCCGUAAACUGGAGUUCUGGAACAGAGAAGAGAAGCCGAAACUGGAACUGAGACAUCACGAGGACUUAGAGGGAGCGAGGUUAAUAAUAAACGGCACCAAAGUAGACUUGCGUAAACAAGAACGGCCCGAUACACUGAGGGUCACAUCUUCUGUGAAUAGAACAAAUAUCUCGCCGUCUUCCCCAGUUGUGAAGACACACGACGAUAAUAAUAAUAACUUUAGAAGAUACAAACAGAGGGCGAAGAAAGACGGGUACGCCGACUUUGUAAAAAGGCAAAGUUUAGAUAGGUGCAUUUACAGCGAUGAUGAGAUAGACUACUCAGUAGAUAUAGGACGAGCCGCAGCCUCCCAACUGUUAUCUUCGGACUCGGAGGAAUCUGUAGAUGAGAGUUUGGUGGACAACUUGAAAAAAGAGUUAUCACAGUUUUCUCAAAAAAUUGUAAAAGACGAGCCUUCACAGGCUGACGCUCGACAUUCAAUAAGAGACUCGAACCGAUCCAAAACGGCUCCUAUACUAGAGAACCAGAAUGAGCCCAAGAAGAAGGUGGGCGGGAUCCGGAGGCUUUUGUCGCCUGGACUAUUUUCCGGAGAACACAGGAGAAAAUCUUUGGACCAGGGCUCCAGCAGGACAUCCACUCCGGUCCACGACCACUCGGAGAACAAACCUAAAACGAUCCUCGAAACGGCUUUCGUCGGGGGAGAGAGGAGGCAGUCGGGUAGGUCGAAAAGUGUAAGCCCGAGUCGCACCCACGAGCUGAAGAGCCCGUCAGGAUACGGGGUGCCCAAGACCAAUGCGAUAAGAGCGAAGGAGAACGGCACUAAGUACUACUAUGACAACGGAGGCCCACCAAAUGUCAACACCGAUAGGAACAGAAACAUUCCAGGAGAACAAAAACCUACAAACUACGGUCCUCUCCAGGUGGAUACCACCGGUCGUCGAGACAGUGUUGCCAGUUCGACAUCAUCAUCGUCGACCUUAGUCUCCCCCCAGGACGUUACACCUCCUUGGGUUCGUGAUGUAAACAGGAACGUUAAUCACUUGUACACAAAAACUUUAUCCCUUCCCGGGUACCGCAACCCGCCUCAGGCCUCGCCGCACUAUCGCUCUCAAAUCCCCGUCCAUCAAUCAGGACGGGUGUCCGCACCGCCUUACAUAGACUGCUGCUCGCCAUACGGUCAAAUAAACCAGGACCGUCUUCUGAUGCCUGUCGCAGCUCAGCUCAAAAUAACCCCCGGUUCAACGAAGCAACAAGUACAACAGAAACCUUCUCACGUGUCUCAACAGCUUCGUGGUCUUCUUUCGCCCCAAGGCCUUCGUCCUCGGGGUAACGAUCCCUUCUAUUACAAUCACAACCAUUCGAGUAGCGUAGAAUCCUCCCCGGGAUCCCAGAACUCUCCUAAAGAGGUGAGGAACUUCAACCCCAACGUUCCUAAUUUGGUAAAGCCUCAACCGAUUUACAAUUCAAGUCCUCAGAGACGACCCAGAAGCGUUUCUCCGGCAACCGGUAGACCCAAUAAUCUUCCUCCGGAAUAUUUUAUCAGAGGAUCUAAUCAAAGGAACACCUAUAGCGGCGGACGAUCCGGAAGACAGUCAACUAUCUACGAAGAAGUCAUCGCUGAGGAGGGCAAGGAACAGAAACAGAGAGACGGCGAGGGAAAUCCUCCUUAUGGACCGAUCUUUAAGAGAGGUACUCUUCUUUCGUCGACGUGUAGUGAAGGAGAUUUAAAUACUUCGGCAGGAAAAAGAGUGAGCUUUUCUCCAAGUCAAGAACAAGACUUGAGCUCUGGAGAAAUAUAUUGGCCUACCAGAAAAGGGAUGGCACCUGAACCUCCGACCAGACAGUCGACUCGCGGCGAUCAGACCGAUUACGUAAACGUGACCGAGCUCAGAGGAACCCCUCAGGCCCCUGACAGACCUCUGCCCCCUAUUCCGCGUCGUACCACCCAGAAAACUAACCCGGAAUACGGUGUGGUAGGUCGGCAUCGCGGUGUUGCCAAUACUCCGACAUCGCAACGAGUUCAGGCGCUAGCCAGCAGAUGGUACCACCAACAACAGCAACAAGCUGACAACCGUGCUGUCAGUAGCCCUAUGUCUCAGAAAGUUCAGCCGCUCCCCAACAGAUGGCACCAGCAGUCGGAUACAGAGUCCGGCAGUGAGGCGGGAGAGGUUCAAAGAAUAUUGCAACAAUCAGACUCCUUCUCAGAAGAGGAAUGGACUGCGGAUGGCAAGGCAGGGCGACCAAAUGCUACUACAGAACAGACCGGAAAUGGGACUGCACCAAGAGAGGAGGAGGGCAGAAGGGGCGGUAGGGGGCGCAGGGAUGACCCGCGCAGACAUACUCUCUCUGGUGAACACCAUCACAACUAUCCGACCCUAGCCCGCAGCAUGGACUUAGAGAUGGGAUCCAAAUCCCAGCGUCGGAAGACCCCGCUGCCAAGGGGCUAUCCUCCCCCGAGCACUGCCAUGCUUUUCGAUGAUGACCCGGGGAUCAUGUCAGAAGUGGAGACGAGCUCCACGGGCUUCCGACGCGGUGGUAAACAGCGAAGUUCCUUACCUGUUGUCCGCACACCUUCCAAGACUUUGGAGCGACCUUUAGCUCCUGGGGGUGUGCCGUCACGCCGGCCGGACCACGCUGUCGGCCUGCUCUACCCCGCCCCCGCCCCUGUUCAUUGCGGACUGGUGUUCCUCCAAUACCGUAGUGAAACUAAACGAGCACUGCUGCCCAAUGAAAUUACUUCCAUCGACACAGUCAAGGCGUUGUUUGUGAGAUCCUUCCCAAAACAGCUGACGAUGGAAUAUCUGGACUCUCCUCUGGUUAAGAUUUACAUCCAUGACUCUUCCAAAGACAUGUUUUAUGAACUUGAAGAUCUUAGGUCCCAUUUACGGGAUAUUCGAGAUCGUUCGGUGCUGCGGCUGUUUGAGUCAGCCGAUGUGGGUGGAGGAGCGAUGCCACCGGGGAUUGUUCCACCCCAAACAUGGGACCAAGACCAGUCCUACUUCAGUGAGCCAGAGUUUGAUUCUGAAUAUCAGCACCAGCACAUUCACAAAACAAAGGGGAGCAAGAGUGGGCACCAGCCAUACUAUAUGACCCAUUCGUUCCCACCAGGGGGCACCCCUGCUACAUUACCUCGCAGUGGACCCUUGCUUCGGGCCUACUCGCCAGCAGUGCCUGGGACUAAGCCUCCCAAUGCAGAUGCUGGGUACAUGUCGUCCCCAGAGCGGGGUGGAGGGGCUCCGCCACGACCAUACCCCGCCGGCUACACAGCCCCGACUCCUUAUGAGGACCCAUAUUACUCCCAGUAUGGUUCCCGGACCGGUUCAAUUACCCCUGUCAUAGAUGAGGAGGCCAGUGACACAGAACUUAUAGACGAGUCGUACAGCCUGUAUGGGGUCAAGUUGCCGGUGCCCCGGGGGCAGUUUCCCGCCCCCGCUGUAACCCCAUAUGACUCAACCAGGAUACGAGUGGAGAACAUGGAACGACAGUUGGCUAACCUGACAGGACUGGUCCAGAAGGCGUUGACACAAGCUCCAACACCCACACCACGCGAGUUCCUCAAUGUUCCUCCUGCCACCAACAACAAUUACCGUAAUGCCAGCGACGACUAUGACAAGCAUUCCAGUUCCAGCUCAGCCUCACUGCCAGAUGAGACCUACUUACGCAGUGACGUGAAGGCUCCCAAACUUGGCAAAGAUAAGUCUGUGUCGUUUGAGAAGUCAGUUUCGUUCAGUGAUGAGCCGCCAGACAUGAACUCGCCUAAGCAGCACUCACCGCAGCAUGGAGUGGAUUCUAAACCAACUAAACCUGCUAUUAAAUCAUCUACUUUACCAAGAACAUCAUCUCAAGAGCGAGACCGGCACAAACCAACCCCUCCCCCAAAACCUGUCUCUCUGUCUCCUGGCCAAUAUGAAGGCAGGCAUGUCUACAGAGAUCUGCAACUGACACCUGAGAUGUAUAACCAGCUAAGGGGAUUACAGAAGAAGGCCAAAGACUUACGAGCAGAGGUGAGGAACCUGCGCAGGAUGUCGCAGGCACAAGCUCACGCAGUUCGCGAGACCAUACGUGACACGUUCAUCAAGAUCAGAGCGAUGGUGAUGACUGGUGGGGAAGGUCUCUGGUCAACUUCAACAGAUGCUGAGAGGGUUAGAAUCAGCCGAGAGGAAGAUUUGUACAAGCAAGAGAUGAUUCGACUAGAAUCAGACCUCACGGAACUGGAAGGCACCGUUGAGGAGCUGAGAGGAAAUGUAAUCAACAGAAAAACACGAGUCAACAUGUCUGAUGUGGAGAACAUGGCCCUGAUAUUAAGUAAAUCAAGUAAAACAGUAGCAGAUUUGAAGCUGCGAUUCCCUAGUCUUCAAGAGGCAAUGCGUUCUUUCUUAAGUCAAGAGAUGGAGAAGGUUGUUUGUGAAGAAAAGUUCCUAAAAGAAGAGCCGGAGCGCUUAGAGAGUGCCUUGAGACGAUGCAAGAAACUGACUGGCACAUUAGUUACUCUCAAGAGGUUAGCUUCUGUUCAAGAGCAAAGACUGCCUGAAUCACGUGUAUCACCUACUUUGGAUGAAACACCUCCCGUGACGCCGACUUCUGGCAAGACCACUGGAACGGGGGAUGUCAUGGGGGCGAGCGGGGGGAGUGGGGGCAACUCCUCCAGUGGAAGGGGCGACUCCGCCCGUCCGGAGAACGCGCUCGACGCUCUGCUAGACGAAUUGCAGACCUUCGCCAAGCCACCCGCUGCAAACACCUCUACUCUACGGAGAUUGCAUUCGUACCCUUCCAGUGAGGGGGGCAAGCCCCCAGUGCCUGAGAGAGGCGCAGACCUAUUGAGUAAAAGAGUUCCUCCCCCUCCACCUCCCAGAACGAGUUCACGCUCGCCCCUGUCCUCCCCCACAGGACCCUCCAUCCCUCCUCGUGGACCCACCGGAAGUCCUCUCAGAAGAAAUGCUCCAGGGCGAUCCAGCCUUAAGGAUAACACCAAAGAUCCACCGUUAGCCUCUAAUUCUUCGAGUUGUGAAAGCGUUAACUCUCAAGAAGGUAUCCACCAACAGUCUCGGCAAGAGAUCUUGGAGUUAAGACACCAGGAGCUGUUGAGGAAACAGAGGGCAUUGCAGGAGCAGUACACUCGUCUCCAGCAGCUGCAGAGAGCUCCACCUCCUGACCUCUUGCAACUCAAGAAAACCGGUAGCGAGAGUAAUCUUUUAGCCAAAAUGGGGAUUAGGAUUAGUGCGGCAGCUCCGAUAUCAGGAUCACUGUCACAUUUGGCUCCCAACACAACAGCCAGUGCUACACCCGAAUCUAGUACGGCUACCACUACGGCAGCCUCAACUAACACGUCCACUACCAGCAAGAUCUACGAGACAGAUAUACUGUGACCGUCUAGUCAGAUAUAGCCCUUAAACCUCCAUCACUCGUUGGGAGGCGAUACUGCCAGUUUUUGUUUUUUUGAAAAAUAUUAUGUAGGCUUGUGUUUUAAAACAGCCGGUUUAUGUUUUGUUUUGAAAGCUCCAUCCCUUUAUGUAUUUAUUAGAUAAAUAAUAACAAAUGAAAUAGAAUAGUGAUUAGAAUACAGCUUCCACACUACAACAGUUUUUUACUCGAUGAAAUUAAGAGUUGGAAGUUAAAAUUUGAAAAUAGUGCUCUUUGAAAUAGAUCAGUGUGAUAUGGUUUUAUACUAAAACAAUACAAAUCAGAACCAGGUAUUAAAAAUAUGUUAGAUUACAGAAUUUUCCCCAGUCAUAGUUUUAGGGCCAGGUUUUCAUAUUUAUAAAUGCAACACGUCUAGUUAGUUAUAAAUCAUAUGCUGCUUCAUAUUACCUGCGUAUUACUGUCAAACCUAUUUUUUCAAAAUAUAACCCAUUUGAGUACAGUAAACUUUCUUUAAUGAGGCUUCAGACUCUCUGUACAAUCCUACAUAUACAUACAUGCAUCAUAUAGCCAAGAUGAUUGGAUAUACAUUCAGUGAUACAACUUCAAAUGUGUUGUCAACUUCUCGUCUAAAUGGUUUAAAUUAUAUAUAAGACAAAUAUAAAUUAAUGAUUUAUUUUCUUGCAAUUGUGAUUAAGAUUUAUUAAGUACAUUGUCAUUAAGUGAAAUUGGGAAUUAAAAUUAAUUUUAAAAAUCCAAAAAUACAUUUAUUGUAUCAAUUUUCAUUGCAAUUCUUAACCUUUAAAUCUUGUGCUUUCUACAGCACUAAACUUGUAUAUAUGUAUGGUUUGAAUUUAAUUAAAAAAUGUAUUCUAUAAUCUAUAAAAUCAAUGAAAUUAUUAAAACAUUUUAUGGAAAUAUUUAUAAUAUGAGAUUAAAAUUGAACUAAUGAUGUACUAAUUGUAAUAUUUUACUAAUUAAUUUGACUUCAUUUUGGAGGUUGUGUAAUGCCUUAGUGUAAGAAUAAUGUUUAUUGUUUUAUCCUAUUAAAAAUGCUCUAGAAAGUGAACAGUAAACACAAAAAAUCUAUUUCAAGUCAUAUUUUAAACCAAAAAGUUUAUAAUUUCAUCUUAAUAAAUGAUAUACCACAAAUAAUAAUGUAAUGAUGAUGCACGUCUUAAUUAAAAACCUUCUAUUAUUUAUACAUCUGAAUACUUUAUUUGACUAUUUUUAAAAUUUUAUUGAAUGCAUAAUUAAAUAUAGGGCAAAGUAGUUUGAAAGAAGUUUAUUGAAGGAAACUAAGAUAAUUUGAACCCAAUUCAAUAUUUUUACUGUUUAUUUUAUUUUUUGUUUAGAAGAGUAGCUAAAAUAGUAAAAGAAUAUUUUAGUGAACUGUCAGAUAAUUGAAAAAAACUUAAGUAUAUCUACAUACUUAAAUGAUAUAGUGCCAAAUUUAAUACAUAUUUUUCAUGAUAGAUAUAUUUUGUUGUUAUAGCAUAUACGAAUUUAUAUUACAAAGUGUACUUUGUAUUAAUCACACUCUUCUUGUCUAAAAUAGAACGAUAAUCAAUUCUAAAUAACAAGACUAAAUAUUGAGUUUAAACAAACAAAUAGCUAAUUUCAGUUUAUAAUUUUUCUGAUUAAAUUAAAGUUAGUAUUUAACAUUGAUGUAGUAUCAGUAAAUUCACAAAGAUUGUGGCUGAAAUGUUUAGGGGAGAUACCUUAUGAUAUAAUACGUUCGGUUGUUUGUGAUUCACACAGCUGAAGUGCCGGUUGUAUAAGGAUUAACGUUGUGACACACUGUAGCUAGAAAGGUACAUUAAUACUCUGGUAGUUAACACUGAUCUAACUAGGACAGUGAGGCGGCAGUACUGGCCGUAUAAGGUUUAACAGUUUUAUUGAAAUGGUGCAAUUAAACUUUUUAGGGAUUUCAACAUAACAAUGAGAAUAUUGAAUUCUAACAAAUUGAUUCAAAAAUCAUAUAAGCAAUAAAUAUAUAUUUAAGUAAUUUACAGCUUAUGUUCUCAAUGUUGAAUACCCUUAUUUAUAAAUAAAAAAUAGGAGGUUAUAUUUUUUACAUUCUUGCUGAUUUUUAUCUGUGACUGGGUCCCUGGCUGGUUGUUGUGUCGGGUUGCUGUUCCAUAGAUAUAUUUUUCUACAUAUUAUGCUGUUUUAACUGUUGAAUAUUUGAUUACAUUCUUUAUUAUUGUUAUUUCAUGUUUUGUUAUUUGUAAUCAAGUUGUGUUUUAUAUGUUUUACUGAUUUCUUCUUGAAUUCACUAAUUACCAUUUGAGUUUCUUUAAAACUUAAACAUUACUUUAUUUUUCUGUAAAUAUGACAGAAAACUCCAAAUUGGGCGCUGAUAAACAAUCUCACUUAGAGGUAAACUGUAUAUUUUAAUGUAGUUGUCAAUACUGAUUGAUUACUUAAAAUUAAUAGAGUAAUUUGUUUUAGAUUGUGUGUGAAAAUGUUUUAAAAACAUUUCAACAUUUAAAAAGUAAUAGAUUCUGUUAAUAUUUUUGAAAUACAAGAGGAUGAAGCGAUUUUCCUAGGCAAAAGUUUUUGUUGUCUAGGAUAUACUAAGCUAUUAAUUAUUUUGAAGAUUAAAUUGUAAUAUUAAUAUAAAUUUCUUUAUAAUAAAAUGAACAUGAGUUAACCAUAAAACAGUCUGUGUUAACCGUUUGUUGCUAUAUAUUUUAAAUGUUUUAAUGAUAUAUUUUAUUUGUUUGAAGAGAGAUAGUCUAACUGAGAGGGUACCGCUGAGACUGUGCCAAAAUUUUGCUCUCACCCUCCCCUCCCCCCUCCCACUACCUGUCUGUCGCCCCA